GUCAGAGCUGAGGAAGGAGGAGAAAUCAGUGGAGGUGGUGGAGCAGAGGGAGAGAGUGAGCUUGACAAUUGAAGCGAGCAUCAGGAGGGAGCGGGGAUGGUAGAAGGCUGUUCUGAUCCUCUCCGAAGCGUCGGCUUGUUCUCCUCUCGUCCUCAGGCAGGGGCUUAACAGCAGGGGGCGCAGGAAGCGGAUCUGGCUCGGUAUGUGGGAUUACAAAUCUCUGCCACCUCUCGGACUUCUGCAACGGAGCGCCGCAAGCCUGCACGACCAGCCAUUCGUCCGCGAAAUUAGGUGUCACAGUAAUAGCGUCAUCGGCUGCUGCUUGGUGAAUAAUCAUGCCCGUAGACUGGAGGAGGCAAGGCAGCGCUGGAAUUAAAACGUGUGAAGAACAAAGCGUGCAAAAGAAGAAGCAGGAAAGGCACAACCCCUAGAGAGAGGCCACUUCGAGUUUGGUGCCAUGGAUCACACAAGUCCAGGCAGCCUCCACAGAUGAGAGGACUGCAAUGCAACAUGGAGGUUCUUAUUGGCCUCUCUUCCCACCGCCGUCCUGUUUCAAGAAGCAAAUCUCUCAGGACACUGUUUCGUAAUCCUGAGCUGUCCUUAUUGUAAGGUUUGACUGCUAAGAAUGACAAGUGUGGCCUAAAUGAGUGGUCCUCCCAACACUGUGAGCUGGGCGCACACUCAAAUGCGGUAUGCAGCGCUAGCAAAGCAUGUGACUUAUGAUUCAGAGCAUUCAGUUCAGAGACUCUGUCAGUAUGGAAGAGCAGACCACCACUCUGAUUCAGAUUUAUGGCAACAGCACCGAGCACUUAAAUACGUCAUUUGACUACAACUCAACAGAUCUAAAGGAGAAUUCAGACACUUAUGAGUUUUAUAUCAUUGGCCUUUUCCUCUCCUGCUUAUAUACCAUCCUACUCUUCCCUAUUGGUUUCAUUGGAAACAUCCUCAUACUGGUGGUCAACCUGAACCACAGGGAGAAGAUGACCAUCCCUGACCUCUACUUCAUUAACCUGGCAGUUGCAGAUCUCAUUUUAGUGGCUGAUUCGCUCAUCGAAGUCUUCAACCUGAAUGAGAAGUACUAUGACUAUGCUGUCCUCUGCACCUUCAUGUCUCUUUUCCUGCAGGUCAACAUGUACAGCAGCAUCUUCUUCCUGACGUGGAUGAGCUUUGACCGCUACGUUGCUCUGGCCAACUCAAUGAGCAGCAGACCCUUGCGCACAAUGCAGCACGCCAAGCUCAGCUGCAGCCUCAUCUGGAUGGCCUCCAUCCUGGCCACGCUCCUCCCCUUCACCAUUGUGCAGACACAACAUACGGGUGAGGUGCACUUCUGCUUCGCUAAUGUCUUUGAGAUCCAGUGGCUGGAGGUAACCAUUGGCUUCCUGGUGCCCUUCUCCAUCAUCGGCCUGUGCUACUCCCUGAUCGUGCGCAUCCUUAUGCGGGCUCAGAAGCACAGGGGCCUGUGGCCGCGGCGGCAGAAGGCUCUGCGGAUGAUCGUGGUGGUGGUGCUGGUGUUCUUCAUCUGUUGGCUGCCUGAGAACGUCUUCAUUAGCAUCCAGCUGCUCCAGGGCACGGCUGACCCUUCGCAGCGCAGCGCCACCACCCUCUGGCAUGACUACCCACUGACAGGGCAUAUUGUCAACUUGGCUGCCUUCUCUAACAGCUGCUUGAACCCCAUCAUCUACAGCUUCCUGGGAGAAACCUUCCGGGACAAGCUGCGGCUCUUUGUGAAGCAGAAGGCCAACUGGUCUGUGGUCUAUCGCUUCUGCCACCACACUCUGGACCUCAACAUCCCCGUCAGGAGUGAGUCUGAGGUGUAGGACUGAAUAGAGUCCUGGAGGUGAAGAAACGAUUGUCUUGAACUUCAUCUGUUUUGAGAUGUUGGAGAUGUUCUUCAGUCAGAACUCCCUGAGCUUCUCAGAAUGAAGUCACUCUGAAACCACAUGUGCAACCAGGAUAGGGUGGAGACAUGUACCCACCAACUGACUUAGGAGUGCACAGCUCAGCUUACAAAAGCAAGAGCUGAAGAAGCACCAUGUUUGGUUUAUAUCCAGCAGAGUGUAAUCAAUACUCAGUGGAAUGAAAACAAGGAUUAUUCAGGGUAAUUCUUUGCAAAGAUGUUGAUAUAAUGGAUUAAAUAGCAAAGAAACAAUGACCUGUUUUUCUAAACGUAAACUUUAUAGAUAUCGAAAACAUAUAAUGUAUCAAAGCGACGACUUUUAUACUCCAGGAUGACUGUGCUCAGUGAGCCCAUGGUAAGGGAACAAAUAAAAAAAGACAUCAAAGGUCACGUAAUGCAUUUCUCCUCUGCCUCGUAUGUAGUCCUGUCUUCAGGUAACUGUUGCAUUAUCCUCAUCACAUACACAUCACAUACACUGUAAAACUUAUUCAGUGUUUUAACUGAAAAACAUAAGUAACCUUUUUGCUUUAAAAAGUUCAUUUAACUUUUAAUAGUAAGCUAACAGAACAAAAAUGUAUGUUUUGCAUUUUGUUAACUUAUUAUUGGUUCAAUUAACCUUAGAACUGGAUUUUAUUACAACCAUGUUACUUACACUGAAUUAUUUUCUACAGUGUAGCUCUUACAUCACGUUACAUUGGCAUUUGGUAAUGUUGCCACAAAAUACUAUGACUACCAGCCAUCAUUCAUUUCUGGUCUGAAAAAAUAUAUAUUUUUUGUGAGAUCAUUUUUGGUUGAAAAAAUGUUUUCUGACUAAAGCAAGUAAGGUAAAACAGAGAAAAACAUGAGAACUGGCUAACUCUGCGUUCACCAGAAUGUGUUGGAAAUAAUCUCCAACACUUGUUCGUUCACUUUGCAGUACUUUCCCACACUCUCAACUGUGAAAAAAAAAGAAAAAAAAGAAAAAGAAAAAAUGUUUGAACCAUCCAAGUUCAUUUGAAGUUCAC